GGCUCACGGCGCGCUUGUAGCAAAGCCAUCGGCGGGCUCUUCAGAAAAACCAUGCUCGAGCCGUCUAGCAGCGACCUCCAACAUGUCAGGAUCCGUUAUCACUUUGUGGCACGCAAUGCCAACGAGCUUACGGUGCAGCAGGGCGAUGAGCUGGAGGUCUUGGAAAACAACCAACAGUGGUGGUUAUUGAGGAACCGCAGCGGUCAGUCAGGCUAUGUGCCAUGUAAUGUGCUGGAAGAGGUCAAACCAGGAGAGCAGCAGUACAACCGAGCAGCUCUCUUCAGCAACCAGGCUGUGAAUCCUUACAAAGGUACCACCACCAGCCCUGUACCUGUAAAUCACGCCGUGGUUUUGGAGACGAAUAAAUCCUCCAGGGAUAAAGAUAACCGCGACCAGCAGAAGGAGGUAAAUGAUGAGCUGCUGAAGAGGAUAACAGACAAUAAAGCUCAACCUCCGGCUCGAAACUUUCGGGUGGAACGCUCUAGCAGAUCCAUUCCCAUCACAGAUGAAUCGCAGCCCUUUGAGGUCCACGCUUGGCUCAAUGCGAAGGGAUUUUCUAGGGCGGUGGUGGAGUGUCUGGGGAUCCUGAACGGAGCUCAACUCUUUUCUCUGAGUAAGGAUGAGCUGAAAGCUGUGUGCGGGGAUGAGGGUUCACGUGUCUUCAGUCAGAUUACCGUGCAGAAAGCUCAAAUAGAGAGGGGUAGUGGUGAUACAGAGCUACAGGAGGUCAUGAGGCGACGGCAACAGGAGGUGGACUCAACCUGGGACUGAUUACAGUCAAUCAUGGCCUUAUUUCAUCACGUUUUCUUCAAUGCUCUUGUUCACCCUACAAUCAACAGCCACCCAGAGGAAUUCAGAACAGAUGGACUAAACAACUCCAGUCAUUACUGAACCCCAGUUCAGCCCAUUUCCUUUAUGACCCGUACAAUGUAGUGCUUAACGCUAGUGCUUAAACUGAUGAACAUGAAUGCAUUGGGAGUGAAGUCUUUAACCUCCAUUUAUAGAGAGGAAAAUGAUUUUGAUAGCAGGCUUUGACUCACAGUAUGAUUGAUACCAUUAAAGGCAUUGCUCACAAUUUUUUUUUAAUAUAUUUCUGGUAAUUUUUAUUCAUUCCAAAACCCAUUUGCAGUUUUAAAGUAAAA